GACCAUGAAACGCAAGCCAAAUAUACCGAACAAUUUUUCAUUGAUCACAGUGUAGCUUUCUGUUUAAUUUAGUCUGCAAUGGCUGCAUCGACAAUGGCUCUUUCUUCCCCAUCUUUUGCCGGGAAGGCAGUUAAGCUUUCACCGUCGGUUCCUCAGAUCACCGGUAAUGGAAGAGUCUCCAUGAGGAAAGCUACCAAGUCCGUUUCAUCUGGCAGUCCAUGGUACGGCCCUGACCGGGUCAAGUACUUGGGUCCAUUCUCUGGUGAGCCACCAAGCUAUCUCACUGGUGAGUUCCCUGGUGACUAUGGUUGGGACACUGCUGGACUCUCAGCUGACCCCGAGACAUUCGCCAAGAACCGUGAACUUGAGGUGAUCCACUGCAGAUGGGCUAUGCUUGGAGCCCUUGGAUGUGUUUUCCCUGAACUCUUGGCUCGUAAUGGAGUUAAGUUCGGUGAAGCCGUGUGGUUCAAGGCUGGAUCCCAGAUCUUUAGUGAGGGUGGACUUGACUACUUGGGCAACCCAAGCUUGAUCCAUGCACAGAGCAUUUUAGCCAUCUGGGCUUGCCAGGUCAUCUUGAUGGGAGCUGUUGAGGGCUACCGUGUAGCUGGAGGGCCACUUGGUGAAGUAGUCGACCCACUUUACCCUGGUGGCAGUUUCGAUCCAUUGGGUCUUGCUGAUGACCCUGAAGCUUUCGCUGAGCUCAAGGUUAAGGAAAUCAAGAAUGGAAGAUUGGCCAUGUUCUCUAUGUUUGGUUUCUUUGUUCAAGCUAUUGUAACUGGAAAGGGUCCUCUGGAAAACCUUGCUGACCACCUAGCAGACCCCGUUAACAACAAUGCUUGGGCAUAUGCCACAAACUUUGUUCCCGGCAAGUGAGCGCGAGAAUCCAGCUGAAUCAUAAUUUGUGUGGUGUGGGAAAUAUCAAUGUAUAUUGGUUUGUUCUAAUAAAAAGUGUGUUUUUUUGCAUCAUUGAGUACCAAUUUCAGAAUGAAUAUCUGUGUGAUGCAGAUUUUUAAUAUUUGAAAA